GCGGGAAAAUGCGCUGCCGGGGGCGGUUUCGGUUUUCGGCGCGCGCGUCCGCGGAGGCCCGGCCUGUGAGGGCUUCGGAUCCCGCUGUAAGAUGAGCCCGGGGCCAUGACAGGUGAAAUGGUGAUGAGUUACCUGAGAUGCUAAUUAAGUAACAGAGGAGAUUAGAACUCAGGUUUCCUGCCUCCCAAGAUUGUUAAAAAUGAGUCUGCGGAAGCAAACCCCUAGUGACUUCUUAAAGCAGAUCAUCGGGCGCCCAGUUGUGGUGAAAUUAAACUCUGGCGUGGAUUACCGAGGGGUCCUGGCCUGCCUGGAUGGCUACAUGAAUAUAGCAUUGGAACAGACAGAGGAGUAUGUAAACGGACAGCUGAAGAAUAAGUAUGGAGACGCGUUCAUCCGCGGAAACAAUGUGCUGUACAUAAGUACACAGAAGAGGCGGAUGUGAAGACGCCAGGAGAGAGGCACUGCUCUUCAGCGAUGGAUAUAUGAUCACUCUUAUGAUCUUGGUGGCCUGUUUUUGUGGUGGCUGGGGGGGGGUUUGUUUUCUUUUGUUUUUUUAAUUGACAUCAGAAUAAGAUAGAGGUAUUACAUUACAGACUGAAUCUUAAGCUUUUCACAUUUGUUUCAUUGUUUAUUAUUUCUGCCUGUACAGAUGCUAAUUAAAACAGUUUGUUUCUCGAGGAUUGUUUUA